AUGAAUAUAACAAAUGUUUCGAGCAUUGCAUUGGGAUGGGAUUACUUUAAAGGCGGUGCAAUAGAAAUACAUCUUAUUUCUUCAAUACCAUGUAACCAUCGCAGCCCGAAAAUUGUAGGAGGUUCUGAAGCCAGAAGAAGCGAAUUACCAUUUAUGGUAAGUCUUAUGCGACGUGGUGGACAUUAUUGCGGUGCCAGUAUAUUAAACGAACAAUGGCUCGUGACUGCAGGCCAUUGUGUUUGCAGUGGAUUGAAUAAGAUUUUUCAAGCAUCUCAAAUACAAGGUGUUAUAGGUCUUCACAGUAUUUCACAGUAUCUUAACGGUAACUCCUCUGAAAAGCCAAUACGUAUUAAUUUCAAACGCAUUAUACCUCAUCCAAAAUAUGAAUGCACCAACGUAAAAAAUGACAUUGCCCUCCUUGAGUUGGAAGAGCCUUUGUCAUUUACGGAGGGAGUGAAGCCGAUUUGUGUAAGUGUUGAAAAACCUCUUAUAGAGUACGAAAAUCAAUUAGCAAUUGUAUCUGGUUGGGGAUGGACAAAUGAGAACCAAGAAGAAGGACACAAGGCAGAUAUAUUGAAGAAGGUGGCGGUAAAAAUCUGGAACAAUAAUAGCUGUGAAAAGUCUUACAAAAUCAACGGGAAACCUAAUAGUUUAAUAUCGGAUACUCAAUUAUGUGCAGGGUUCAAAAGUGGAGGAGCAGAUUCUUGUUGGGCUGAUUCUGGUGGUCCACUCAUUAUGAAAGAUCAAAUAUUAGUGGGUAUUGUCUCAACGGGAAUAGGUUGUGCCAGGCCAGGACUUCCAGGAAUAUACACCCGAGUCAGCAAAUAUGUUAACUGGAUUGAAUCAGUUUUAAGAUAA